GUACGUGAUCCAUCAAAUGAACGGAAAAAUGAAACGUCUUGACAAUAAUACGGAUACAAAAGUUUUAAACGGAUAAAGUACGUACGGGGUUCAUAUACGUGUAUUAAAUAGAGUAUUUACUAACUAUGCUUAUCUGUGAAGAAAUGCUCUUAGAUGGGUCGGUAUGAGUAUGGGGCGGGGGAGGCUAAAACCAUACAUGCCCCAUACUCGUCAAACAGUUUAUGAGUUUUACCCAAACCCACCCCAUACCCCAGUCAAUGCAAGGAUUCCCCGCGUUGUUUGGGUCAGGGAAGGGACGGUCGGCGCGGUCAUGGGUUUGAUUGCCAAGGGAGGGGGAAUCGUGGGUGGAGGUGAGUUGGAAACGAGUCGGAGAUAGACAUUGACGGAGAUGGCGUCGUGGAGUAGAGAGGAGAAGAAACAUAGAAUGGACGGAGAUAAUGGAGCAGGAAAAAUGGCAGGAUUUAAUUAUUUUUUUAAUUGACAUGUAAGCAAAGAUGAACUUAACGAUGAAACAUUGUCAUCUAAGAUGAACUUAAUAGAGUUGGAUGGCGAGUCAUCAUUGAUGAACCAAGAUGUAAAGUUCAUCUUUGAUUGUCAUCUAAGAUGAACUUAAUAGAGUUGGAUGGCGAGUCAUCAUUGAUGAACCAAGAUGUAAAGUUAGUGACCAAUAAGAAUUUUUUUUUGUGUGGAUAGUCAACGUAUUUUUUAUUUUAUAAAUUGAGUGAUUAAAGGUGUAAUUUAGCCCAAUUAAAUUUUAGGGUUAACACUAAUUAUUAGUUAGUCUUUUCUGUAUUCUUUUUUAUUAAUCAAACCUAUCGAAUCACUAAUAAUUAGCCAAAUGUUUACUUUCAGUUAACUAUUUUGUUAGUAAUAUUGAUUUGACUACAUGAUACUGACUUUGAAUAGACACAUGAAAGUCAACAUUCCAAAAUUUUAGUAUUUUAACUAAGAAAAGAGUUACAAAAUUAUUAACGAUAAAAAAUGAAUAAUAUUUUGAUGUAUUACAAAAGAUUUGGCUAAUUAUCAGUAAUUUAAUAAGUUUGACUAGUAAGAAAGAAUGCGAAAAAAGUUUGGCUAAUAAUUAUUGCUAACCAAGGUUGUCAACCCGGUUUAGUUCGCUGGCCCGAUCGAGUAAGUGAGUUAAGGAUUAAUGGUCUGACCGUUUUAGCUUGGUUUAGCCCAAAUAUACAAAAAUUUCAUUAGAUUGUUGAUACAUUUAUAAAUUAUCUCAAAUCUCUUCUAACAUAUGAGUAAUAACAUAUAAUAUUGCACCAAAAUAACAUGUUUUACUUGGAUCCAACAUAUAGUGAAAAUUUACACAUACUUAUGCAACAAUAAUAUUCUAAUGUUCAACUUAGAAUUCCAAAAAUUGGGUUAGGCGAAAAGGAAAACCGGAAAAUUGGCGCAUUUCGCAAACCAAAGAAAAAAAUUACAUAGUUUGACCUACAACCGGUAUCUUGCAGCACCCGACCUAGCGAGUGGACCCGUUUUUCUCACCAGGUCAGAAUCAAAGUGGGCCAACCGAAGGGUAGACUCGCGGGCUAACAACCUUGGUGUUAACCCCAAAUUUUGUUAGGUACAUCCACCAUGAACAAAUGUGACAUUUAGGAACAAACAUGUGAAGUAAUGGUCACUUUAAAAAAAAGUUAAAUGUCUAUUUUUUAUACAAAUCUUUUUCAGAUUCUUUUCUAUUAUCCAAAAUUAUUAAAAUGCUAUUAAUUAGCCAAAUCUUUCGUAAUGUAUCAAAAUAUUAGUCAUUUAUGCAUUAUCGUUAAUAAUUUUGUAGCUCUUUUCUUAGUUAAAAUACUAAAAUUUUGGAAUGUUGACUUUCAUGUGUCUCUUCCAAGUUAGUAUCAUGUUGCCCGUCAAUAUUACUAGUAAAAUUGCUAACAGAAAGUUAUCAUUUGCUAGUAUUUGGAUAGGUUUGACUAAUAAAAAAAAGGCAAAAUACACUUGUAUAGCCAUAACUUUUACGUUUGUGACAAUAAUAGCCAAUUUUGAAGAAAUACACAAAAUAGCCAGAAUUUUAAAUGAUUGAUGACAAAUCUAGCCACUUCCGUCAAAAACUUUAACGACGUUAGUAACUCCGUUAGUAACGUUAACUUGAUGUUGAUGUGGAUGCCACCUCGACUCACACAUCAGCUCCAACAAGACACAUCAUGCCACCUAGAUGCCACAUCAUAAUAAAAAAUUAUUUUUUGAGAUUUUAGAAUAAUAAUUUAUUUUAUUCUUAUGAUUCUUAUAUUCUCACACACAUUUUCCUCCACCAUAACAAGAUUAUUCCUGAUAACCUCCGCCACCAGAACCUUCGACCACCACGCCGCCCUUUCCCUUUGAUUCCCCACCGAACUCCUCUUCCCCAUGGAUCCAAAAAAAAUUCCAUUUUCUCUCCCAAAUUUUUAUCAGUCGCUGCAACGAAGGGAACUAACCAUCUCCAAUCUGUUCCCUUCACCGGAGACCAUCUUUGCCCAGCAUUCAAAGAAGCGGCGCACGAAGCAGCAGUGGUAGGGGGAGCCGGCGGGAGACUCAAACAAUCGCUCCCCUGUUGGUGGAGCUUGAACAAGUCUCGCUGAGUCCCUUGAACUGAGCUCAGUGCGACGAAACUAAAACAUGGUCGUAUCCCUUACCCAACUCCACCGGCGGCUGUGAAGACCAAGAUUGAGUAAGCACAAAACUGAUAACUUGAUAUCCAGACCAAAUCGAGAAUGCUCAGGGGAUCACAGCCGCUUUACUCCAGGCCGACACAGAAGAAAUAGUGGUCGGAGGAAGAGAAUUAGGCUCUCUCCUCUUUGAUCAAAGCCUGUUGCGGGCGAGAUAGAUCUAAUUUGGGAGAGAAAAAAGGGGGGAAAUUGGAUCUGACUCAGAACUCAACAAAACUCGUAUUUUGGAGACAGGUACUUAUAAGCUGAAUAUGUGGGAAGAAGAUGGAAGGCGGAAAGGGUGGGAGGCGACGACGAAGAUGGAUCUGUGGGAAGUUAGGGAUUUGGUGGGUUUUGACUAAGUUAGAUUUUUGGUCGAAGAAGAAGGAUAUGGAGGAUGGUUGAAGAAGAGGGUUUGACAUUGUCGAGUCGGAGGAAGAAGAUGAAAUUGCAUUUCUGUUGUAACUCAUACGGGAGCGGUGGCUGGGGGAAGAAGGGUGACGAAUGGCGGUGGCCUUGUUUUGACCGGUGGAGGGGUUCGCGAAUCGCGAGAAGGGGAAAGAGAGGAGUGAUAAAAUAAAAUAAAAAGGGUUUAAUUUUUAAUUUUAUUUUUCGUGUUGAAAUAAUUCCAAGUCAGCAAAGUCGUCUAUCCAGUCAGCUUUUUCGUUAGUCUAGUCAGACUGUUAAAUGACACCGUUAAAGUAUUGGACGGAAAUGGCUAUAAGUGGUAUUUCUCCAAAUUUGGCUAUUAUUGUCAUAAACGCUAAAGUUAUGGCUAUACAAGUGUAUUUUGCCUAAAAAAAAUUAGGAAAACUUUUGGCUAAAAAUAGUAUUAAAAAAAAAAAAAAACAAAGUAAUGGAUGGACCUUCCCCAGCCGCGUUGUUCUGAAGCGCAGGCGAUGGAUCUCUUUGGAAUUUGAAAAUUUCCCUUCGCGCUCCAAAGCAAAUUCACGAACUCAAUCGUUUCCAUUGAACAAGACUGCUACUCCGCUUCUUCUUCAUCUUCUUCGACGACUACCCGCCAUCCAAUCCAUUGAAUCCACUCAUCUCCGUCCACUCUCCGAACAUGUCCUCAAAAUCCAGUCAUCUUCCUCUCUCCUCCAUCCCAUACGAUGACGACGAUGAUUUCCAGCUCCCUCUCUCGCAAACGCCCGCAACCCUCGCUCUCUCUUCAGUUCCAAAGAAAUCGUCGGCCAGAACACCUCUCGCUCCUUCCGGCAACUCUCACCGUCUCUCUAAGAAGCCCAGGAGAUCUACCAAUCUUGGGAAGGAGAACGCGGCCCUCGAGCCCGUGCUGAGGAACGAAGGAAGGAAGUUCGAAAUUAGCGAGGAGCCGACUUGCAGCUUGGAUUUAAUACCGUCAAGCAUCGACUGUAGUGGCUACGGAGCUCAGGUUUCCGGGAAUUAUCAGGAGCAAACGGCUGACAAAGAGACUAUCUGUGAGAUUAGAAAUGUGGAAGAGAACGGAGGGUAUCUAUGCAAUUCCAUAGAAGCUAGGUUAAUGCAGAAAUGGAACACGGAUUGCGGAGCGAGUAAAGCUGAAAGCGAGUUGGAUUCGGAUGUGGGGGCAGGGGAUUUAGGGGAUAGUAGUGAGCUCGAUGUAUUGAUUAGACUGUGCGGCGAUGAUGGUGACGAUGAUGAUGAAGAGGCUGGGCAGGAAGUUAGGUUUAAUGAUGGGGUGCUAGAUGAGGAAGAAGAGGAGUGCUGUAUCGAGUGCCCGCUUUGUGGGUCUGACAUUUCGGGCAUGAGCGAGGAAGCCAGGCUUGUUCACACCAAUGAUUGUCUUGACAAGGGGGAGAAUCAAAUGGAACAAGUUCUGUUUGAGAGAAGGGAAGCAACCCAAGUCCAGCCUGAAGUGGUUGAUGGUCCUGGCCGUUCUCCACAGCAUGGUGUUGAUGUAUCUCCUGUGCUGCAAUGGCUACGAAGUUUGGGUUUAGAAAGAUAUGAAGAGCCUUUUGUGCGGGAAGAAAUCGACUGGGACAGCUUGAAGUGGCUUUCGGAGGAGGACCUUAUAAGUAUAGGCGUUUCUGCACUUGGACCAAGGAAGAAAAUUAUGCAUGCUCUUACUGCAAUUAGGGAAGCUUUGGAUAGAGGUGAUAAGCAGGAGACUACAGAUGGUGUAGGUGAACUGAGGAACAACAAUGCUGAAGACAGUAAAGUGGGGACUUCAAAAGUCAAUCAUAUUGAAACCAAUAAAUCAAUUUCAAAUAAACUGAUCACAGACUAUUUUCUGGGGUCUGCUAAUACAAAGAGAAAAAGUUGUACUAGCUCUACUAAACAGCAAGGACGGGGAGAAGGUCAAUCAGAUUGUGCUCCAAAAUGCUUGGGUAAAAAACAGAUCAGAAGAGGCCGGUUCAGAGAUAUCCCUUCAUGGUGCAGUGUACCUGGGACACCAUUUCGAGUGGAUGCCUUUAAGUAUCUUAGAGGCGAUUGUUCUCAUUGGUUUCUCACUCAUUUCCAUAUGGAUCAUUAUCAGGGAUUGACUAAAUCCUUUUGCCAUGGGAAGGUUUACUGUUCUUUGAUAACUGCAAAGCUUGUAAACAUGAAGAUUGGUAUUCCUUGGGAGAGGUUAGAAGUUUUACCUUUAAACCAAAAGAUCCAAAUAAAUGGUGUUGAUGUGACUUGCUUGGAUGCAAAUCAUUGCCCUGGUUCAGUCAUUAUUCUCUUUGAACCUCCUAAUGGCAAGGCUGUCUUGCACACAGGAGAUUUUCGGUUUUGUGACAAGAUGGCAAGCAUCGAUCUUUUACAAGCCUGCCAUAUCCAUACUCUGAUCCUUGAUACUACCUACUGUAACCCUCAGUAUGAUUUCCCUAAGCAGGAGGCGGUAAUACAAUUUGUUAUUGAGGCCAUUCAAGCAGAAACUUUCAACCCUAAAACUCUAUUUCUGAUUGGAAGUUACACAAUAGGAAAGGAAAGGCUGUUCUUGGAGGUAGCGCGAGUUUUGCGGAAGAAAGUUUACGUCACUGCUGCAAAGCUCCGGAUUCUCAAUUGCCUCGGCUUCUCCAAGGAAGAUAUGCAGUAUUUUACACCAAAUGAAAGGGAAAGCCAAAUUCACGUGGUGCCUAUGUGGACGCUUGCAAGCUUCAAAAGACUAAAGCAUGUAGCAAACCAAUAUGCGAAUCGAUUCAGCCUUAUAGUUGCUUUCUCGCCAACUGGUUGGUCGUUUGGUAAAGGAAAGAAGAAGUCUCCAGGGAGAAGAUGGCAGCAAGGAACAAUUAUCAGGUAUGAAGUUCCAUAUAGUGAGCACAGCAGUUACACAGAGCUUAGAGAGUUUGUGAAGGUUGUGACCCCUCAAAUGAUAAUCCCAAGUGUUAACAAUGGCGGACCAGAGGCUGCUGCUUCCAUGGUUUCUCUCCUCCGCCCCUAAUUGGUCUGGUUGAUAUAUAUAUAUAUAGGCCAGCAAUGGACUAUUCUAUAGCUUGAAGACAUCUGGAAGUUACUGCAAUGUAAUAUAAGUCGGUUCUUGUCAUAUUGGAAUUCCCGUCCAAUUGCCAGGAAAAUGCCAAAGAAUCUUGGAUGAUUUGACAGAGACAACAUUGUUGAAAAUAUUACCACAAAACAAGACAGAGAGCCAAAAAAACAGGAAAGAAGAAAAACCUUAACCUUUUUUAGCAUGUAUUUUCUUUUCUGCAGAACUGUAUGCAGGCUUCAAUGUUACUGUAUUACAACUUACAAGUAGGCAUUGUUUGUAGUGGUUCAAGCUGUGUGGCAAUACUGUAUGUAGGCUUCAAUGACCGUGCAUUCAAACUGAUCUAGCAUAAGUUGCUUGUCACUCCGAAUGACAUGUUAACAAGCUGAGUAAAAUUGAACACUACUGUGUUGGAUUUUGAUUUCUUUACCUCCUCUUACUAACAUAUCAAUGUUGUUUGCAUAAUGUAUUCUAAAAUUGGGCUAAUACCACAGGAAAUAUUAAAUUUUAGCGAAAGUGUCACUUAUAUUAUGUAACUUCAAUAAAUACAAAAAUAUUUCAACCUAUUAAGUGUUUGCGUCAUUUGUGUUACGCGAAUUUCUGUUGAUCGUUGACCAAACUGUGGUCAACCUUGUGUCCACGUAGGCAACACGUAGAUGUCAUGUAGAAAAAAAUAUUGUUUUAACCCUACCCACCCUUUUUUUUAUAGCCAUAGGGCCUCUCUAUUCCCCGACCUGACGAGUAGGGGUGUUCAAAUGGUUACCAUGGUAAUUACCUAAUCAAAUAAGCCUAAGAUCUAUUAAUCAUGGAAUAAAAUAUCAUAAUCAAACCGUCCAAACUAAUACAACAACCAAAUUAAUCAAACUACAAUUUAAUCUGUUUGGUUAAUUGGUUAACCAAAAUAACCAAUAUAACAUCACAUCAAUAUAUUAAAAGCCCAAGCAGCAGCUACUGUUGCAUACGAAAAUGUAGGGCAAGGUAAUUAAAAAAAAUUCCAGCGACACUGUUCACAAGAGGAUCUAUUUCCUAUACCCAAUUUCACCAUAAGCUCUUUUCUAUUUGCAUAAUACAAUAAUUUUGCAAGAUCACUUUUUUUUACGUAGCAUUUUAUCUCCUACACUUAAUCCCAGAUAGUAAACGUUAUUCAAAUUCAAUUCCACCGUAAGCUCUUUUUUAUUUGCAUAAUACAAUAAUUUUGCAAGAUCACUUUUUUUUACAUAGCAUUUUAUCUCUUACACUUAAUUCCAGAUAGUAAACGUUAUUCAAAUAUGAUAUUUUCCGCAACUUUAUUUUAUUGUUAGACCACAAAUUACAAAAUAUUUACGUAACACUGUUCAAUAAAAGUUAGGUACAUUACGAAUACAAUAUGUAAAUCUUAUGAAGUGACCACACAUUAUGAAAAAUUUACAUAACACUGUUCUAUUAGAGUUACGUACAUUAUUUUAUUAUAUUAAAUGGCCAAGCAUGCCUAGCCACAGUUUACUGUUGCAUACGAAAAAAUAGGACAAGGUAAGUAAAAAUUUACUGUUCACAAGAGUUUUUAUUACCUAUAACCAAUUUCAUCAUAAGUCUUAUAUAAUCCUUACAUGACAAUUUAAUCAAAUGUGAUACUUUUCAUAACUUAAUUUUAUUAUUAGACCACACAUUAUGGAAUAUUUACAUAACAUCCUUCAUUAACAGUUACACAAAUUACAAAUAUAUUACCUUAAACUUAUGGAGUAAUAGAUAUUUCUUAUGUAUCACUUGAACAAACAUAAUUCAUUCAUAAUGAUUUAGAUACUACGUUAAGCGCAUAUAGUGAUAUCUUACUCGAAUUUUAUGAAUUACUACAUCAUUAACUAAGUGGAGGAAAUUUCAAGUAUAAUUACUCUUCCCGCUGCAAAGCGCGGGCCAAAAAACUAGUUAUCAUUAAGUGAGAAAAUCUUUUGUGAAUGCAUCAAUUCACAAUUUAUAUAAUAAACAAAACAAUCAACACAUAAUUAUUGAUAACCCUGAAGAUAAAUACAUGUAACUAAUACAAUUAUCUUUAGAAGUAUUCACAUAACAAAAAUAUAUGUUAAUGGAAUGAGGUUAAUGAAAUGUUGUAUUUUGUAAAUUGACUUAUUCUAUUAGCAAUUAUCACAUGCUAAAAUAGACCUUCCUUUCAAGUUUUCAUCCUACAUUUUGUAUGAGUUUUAUCUAAAAUAGGAGUCCAUAUGUUGUGGUCUACACUCUACAAAUAUACAGUAUAUGAACAAUAUUGAACUUUAUUUUUAUGAGCCUAAGAUGGAGGAGCGUGUGACACUUAAGUGGUUAUGCAAAGUAUUAAGUAUGUAUAUAUAAUAUUUAUGAGAUAUGUGGUUAAUUACUUAACUGGUUAAUUUGGUUUGAUUGGUUAGAAGUGUAUGAAACCAAACCAAAGCACCUAAACCAAACAAGCUAAAAAAUUUAACCAAACCAAACCGUUAUCCAAACUAACCAAACCAAAUUAUCAAAAUACUACCAGUUAAAAUGGUUACCACGGUAACCACACUGCUUGAACACCGCUACCGACGAACACCGGUGUUCUGCUACUUGGGUUUGAAACGACGGCAGCGACUAUGGCGGUGGAGCCUUGAAAGGUGGCGGCGGUUGGCUGUUGAGGCGCCAUAGAAGGAACGACGGGGAGCAGUUCCUAUGCUUAAGUCGGAUUUUAAUUUUUUUGCACAGUUAGAUCAAAUUAACAGUGCUCUUCAAAAUGAUAUCAACUUUGAUAUAUUUUUGGAACAAAAAGAUUGAGCAAUUUUUUACCAGUAUAUACCAUAUGGUAUUGACUGGUAUUGAAUAAGAGCAUACCAUAUGGUAUGAAAAAGUUUACCAUGGUGGGAUGAACAUACCAAGACUGAAGGAUGAUUGAAUACCUGAUAGUAGGAUUAUACUAACUGUCAUUUACCACUUUCAACAUUGUGUAUCACAAGAUACCACCCCAUAUCAGGGUGGUAUUGUGUGGUAUUUUUUGGUCUUGUAUUUUAUUAACCCAGAAAUUUGUAGAUCCAAUAGAUCAUGAUGAACUCGUUUCUUCUAUGCAAAACAUUUCAAAAACGACUGUAAAACAAAGAAGAUACCAUAUGAUAUGUAGUUGGUAACGAGAACCAAGAAAUUUUUUUUCUCAAAAAAUAUUGAAAAUGAAUUUCAUUUUGUAGAGCACAACAAAAUCGUUUCAUCUGUGCAAAAAAAAAUUAAAAUCCGAGUUAAAACGAAUAAGAUACGAGUCGAUUAAGAAAACAAUGGAAAAUAAAAAUACUUUCAAUUUUCCAGUAUUAGAUCUGGAUUUUUUGGGCCCACUUAAAUAUGAUGGCAGAGAUUUAGUUACUCAUGGUGAGUAACCAUGGGGAACUGACGGGAACUUGAGCCGGAAAGACGAACCACAUCAGCCGAAGGGUGGACGAGUGGUCGUAGGUAAGUAUAAGUUCGUUGAAAUUACUCCGAUUGCAACCCUUUCCAUAUGAUUCCAUUUUAUUAUUGAAUUUAACUCUUUUCAAUUGUUGUGUGAAAUUGGUGACGCAUGAAUGAAACCCUAAUUUUGAUUACAGUUGGUUUGGUGGAGCAUCACACCCAUGUAUGGAAGAAUAUCUAACCACAACAAAGCGAGGUUAACUUCUGCCAACUCGUAUGUAAUGAAGUGCACACACAAUGCACCGGCUAUUGUGAAUCUAUCAGGGACAAAAGUUAAUGUAGAGAGAGUUAUAUUGUUGCUCGUAUUGGAAAACUGUUCAAAUCUAUUGUAGUUUUUUUUCUUCUGUGGGUUGAUCGAUCAUCGCUGGAGGACGACGAUUCGAAGAUGAAGCUCGUGUCUAUGGAGUUCAAAGCACAAAUGUUGGAAGAGAGACUAAAGGUUGUAGAAGCCAAGACAUACGAAGGAAGAAGGAAAAACAAAUGCUAUAUUCUGAUUUGAUCAAGAUUAGGGGUGAAAAAGCUAGACGGACUAGAGUUUUGUAUGUGUUAGCAACAUUACUGAUGACUGUUGAUUGUUGUUGUUGUUGUUGGUUGAAGUGAGGAAGAUGUCAUAAAGUUGAUGUUGUUUGUUGACAUUGUAUGAAGUUGAUGUUGUUUUAGCAUGAUGCUUGCGCGCAGAACUUAAACCUGGAAACACAUUGUAAACAUAUGUUACAUUGCAAAUAUAUGAUAUAACAUACCAAUCUAUCAUAGACUUAGUUGUACCAAUGUGCUUAGUAUCCUAACAAAAGCAUAGGAGAAGUUCAUCGUUUUCUCUUUACACCUACCUACCUAACAUUACCAAGGCAACAUACUUAGUGUCCUACCAAAAACAUUGAAAGAGCUUACCGUUUGCUCUUCUAACAAGCAACAUACCAAUAAUAAUAAUAAUAAUAAUAAUAAUAAUAAUAAUAAUCACAACUAGCCAUUAAUCUUGGGUUGUUGGUGGCUAGGAAACGUCGGCUUGGUCAAUCACAACAACUCAUCUUCCAUUGGGUGCACCUCUUGCAGGUCUGUCACCUCAUGCAGGUAUGCCCCCUGCGUUCUUGCCUCCUGCAGUUUCGCCUAUUGCAUGCAUCUAAUAACAAACAAUACUGAAAAGUGUGUCAUUUCCAUUUAUGGUUUUGUAAAUUUCUAACUAAGUCUUGAGCAAUGGUUACCGUUGCUAUUGAUUCAUCAUCUCCCAUAGUUGGAUUCUUCAUUGGUCUGCCACAUCCUCGACGUUCUUGUGGUUGUUGCAUUUCAAUAGUGUAAGAUGGACAACCUCUUUGCAAGCCAAAAAAAGAUAAAGUAAGCAUAGUAAUAAGUAGCAUAAAUGGUUACUUGAAGUGCAACAGGAUUAGGACAAGCCCUUUUGUUGUAGCCGUUUCGGUGGCAGUUUCCACAAUGCAUUACAAUAUUCUUCCUACGAAACGAAUGUUCCUCCUCCUUCAUGGGGCCGAGUCUCAAGCUCACAUGCCUCCUUCCGCCAAUUCUUCUUAGGACGCCCGACAUAAUCCAAACCUUUGGAGGAUACACUGGACACCCCUUUGCCAUGGGCCAUGUUUGUCGACCAACCAAGGUAUCAACCCCUUGUGUAGGGAGCGGAUUAGGUCAGUAACCUUAGAGUGAGUAACCAUGAGUAACCGUUCCACAUCAGCAUGACAUCACCAUCCCUCUCUCUCAUGGAAAACCUUUUAUCUUUUAUCUUUUAAUCUUUAAGAGACGAUUUCUCUCUCGUUUUAAGUCGGAAUUUAAAUUUUUUUGAACAAAUAAAUCAGAUUAAUUGUGCUCUUUAAAAUGAUAUCCACUUUGAUCUAUUUAUAGAACAAAAAAAUUGAGUCAGUUUUUACCCGUCAAUACCAUAUGGUAUGCUCCUAUUUAAUACCAUAUGAUACGAAAGUGUACCAUGAUGAUAUAAACAUACCAAGAAUGU